AGCUAAGCUCAAUUUGCACUUAAUUAUGCACAUGGGAUUACCUUCAACAUUUGACCCUAAACUAAAGCUGGCAUAUAAUUAAGACACUAAUUUUCCCUUCUAUAUAUACACCUUCUCACCCUUCUAAUACCUCUCAAACACCACCUCCAAAAUCCUUCUAAACAUCUUCAAUACUUCAUAAGAAAUAUUUGUAUAACCCAUCAAGCUAAUGGCAAGAUACACCAUUCCCUUCUUGCUGGUAUCGAUUUCUCUCCUCCUCCUCGCCAGCAAUGUUAUGAGUUGUCAUCGGUGUUCUAGGGCUAGAGCCUUCACUAUCAUGUCAUGUAGUGCCACUAGCUUCCCCAAAGUGUGUGAAGAAUCUCUAGCAAAAUUUGUUAACUCAACCAACCUUGGCCAUCUGCAACUAGCUCAGAUCGCAUUAAGGGUUAGUAUAACUGAGGCUAAAUUUACAAGAUCCUACUUGACCAAGUUGGCUAGUAGGCUUGAAAUAGCCCAUUUGGAAGAGGCCCAAGCCAUAGGGGAUUGCAUAGACCAAAUUAAUGAUAGUGUUGCCCAACUUAGAUUAUCAUUAAAGGAGCUCCGAAAAUGCACCAACAAAGUUGGUGUUGAUGAAUUUUUGUGGUAUAUGAGUAACGUCGAGACUUGGGCUAGUACAGCCCUUACCGAUCAAAUUAAUUGUGCCGCGACUUUUGAAGACAACGUUCAUGGGAAGAUUGUAAGGAAUAAGGUUAGGGCAAAGGUCGAAGGUGUUACUAAGGUUACAAGUAAUGCUUUGGCUUUGGUUAAUCGCUACGUUACAAGACAUCGUUUUUCUCGUAGCACCCAUCGUCCUUAAUUAAGAUGGAUGUUUUUGUGAUGAUCAUAUUGUUUGCAUGGCUAAAUGUUCAUUACUAAUUUGUCUUAUAUAUACUAAGUAAUUAUUAUUUCAUGGAUUUUUAGCUGUAUUUUUUUUCUGGAUCUACGAAUGCUUUGUUUGUUGUUUUUACUACAAAGUUAAGCGACCUAUACAAAGUAAAAUGUAUAAUAAUGGAAAGAUUGUAAUUAUUGGUAAUAUUAGCAAAGUUUUGUAAUAAUGAUAUUAUAUGAAAAUCGUGUGCAAAUUGCAGCAAAAGGUGGCACUUUAUACUCUAGAUAAAGUUUGAAUGAAGAAUGUAAUUAUGAAUUAUGAUCAAUAAGCAUUUUCUGAGAUCGCUAGAUCGUGUAAACGUCUAUGUUAGUUCAUGCUUGAACAUAUCCCUCGAGCAUCUUGA